AUUAUGAUGGUCUCGACGGGGCCAACCAGCCAAUCAACGCGCCCCUAUCCACCUCUUUUUCCCCAAAGUGGCCUGAAAUUCCGUGGCCUGCACGGGCGACGCGGCAUCGAAUUCCCCGUGACCGUUAAGAUAUCAAAAUGUUCGCUUCGAAGGUCUCCUUUUUCUUUGUCUUUUUUUUUCUUCCCAGAAGCCGAAUUGGCAUCCUGUCAACGCGGUUCCCGGUUGUCCCUGUUGCAAUUGACAUUGUCCUCUUGUCGAUGCCAACAACCUCGGGCUCGCUUGGCAACAUCUGUGUUCUAAGCCGCAUGGCAUGCAUGGUCAACGACCGCCAUCCUCGAUACGGGCUUUGGCCGUGUCAAAUAGUUUCCGAGCUUUUUUCCCCUUUCUCUUUCCACAUCCACACACAUUGUCAAGUCUGCAAUUUUGCAUGCCGUCAGACAUGGCACAUGUGCCUGUUUCUAAUAACAGUCUCAAUUUCUGACUUCAUUCACAAUCGAUCGAUUGCGGGCCGUCGUCUCGGAUGGGAUGCGCUGCUUCUGCCCUGUGUAGCACGCAAGCCAGUUAGCCAGCAGGUACCGGUACGUAGGGGGGCACCAGAUUGUCUUAUCCGACCGUGUUUGUACCCUGAUCGGCGUUCUGUACGGGGAGACGGGGAUUCUGGCGCCUUGUUGCGAGUUCAGAACCCUUUUUGCUGCUACUGGCGUUGUCCUGCGAGUGAGACAGGAAGCGGGGAGUCGGAAUGGUUCAUGGGUUCGAAGUUGAAGGUCUCACACGCUUGUUACCCGCUGGACGUCAUCCUGCACAGCGCGCUGCGCUGCGCUGCACCACUGGCGCUGCUGCUUGCCCGCCAUGCCGCUGCCAUCUCGUUGAUUUCCCCUGUCAAGGCAAGUCAGGGUCCCCUGCCCCGUGUGAAUGGCCCAAUGGCACACUCGGGUCUCCGACGUGCAUCGCUGGAUUUAUGAAUCGACGUUUUGCCUGGCGAUCGAGCACUCUGCUGAAGGCUCGAAUCGAACACCACCCCACCAUUUCAUCAUGGUUUCCCAUCCGAAUAUCUGCUCGUCUGCUCGGCUGCCACAGGUUCCGCAUGCCCAUGAGCCUGCCGAUGACCAAUUGAUUAUAGAGACGAUGCUAUUCUUUCUUCUUCUUUGAUUGCUCUCUCAUUCCUCUCAUCCGUCGGCUUCGCUUGAUUU